AUGGACCACUCGCACCAUCACCCUGGGAUGAGCACCACCAGUGCCCCGGCUGCCCCUCACCACCCGCCGGCCACCACGGGGCCCCACUCCAACGGGGGCAGCGCACACAUGAUGCCCAUGACCUUCUACUUCGGCUACAGGAAUGUGGAGCUGCUGUUCUCGGGGCUGCUGAUCGACUCGGCUGGGGCAAUGGCCGUGGCUGUCGUGGCCGUGUUUCUGCUGGCUCUGGGCUACGAGGGACUCAAGAGAGUCCGCGAGGUGCUCCAGCGCAAGGCCCAGGAGGACCUCCGUGCCAAGUGCUCCCCUUUCCCCAGACCUGACGGAACCCGCCCCAAGGAGACGCCCCGGCUGCAGCUGCUGAGCGCGACUCACCUCCUGCAGACGACGCUGCAUGUGCUCCAGGUGGGCCUGAGCUACCUGCUGAUGCUGACCGCUAUGACCUACAACGCCUACCUCGGCCUGGCGGUGGUGGCGGGGGCCGGCACUGGCUACUGGCUCUUUGGCGGGAGGAAGGCAGAGGACGUGGAGUCCCAGACCCAUGACAUGAACAAGGUCGAACUCCAUGAGAUUGGCAGCGGAAACUCUCCUGGCCUGCAGGAAUGA